UCCCUAUUUACUUGUCAAAAUAGCAAAUUUUCAUUCGGACCAGAAUCGAAGGGAAAUAUGUCUGCUGUUCUCAACCACGCAAUUCGUCGCCAAUUUGGCGCUACCGCCGCCAGGAACAUGUCCGGCACUGCCGCCGUGGCUGGUGAGCACUCCGGUGGCUACAAGGUGUGGAAGCGCCUGUCCUUCUUCGUGGCCGUGCCCGCCGUGGGACUGUGCAUGCUGAAUGCCUACCUGAAGCACCAGGAGGAGCACGACAAGCCCCGCCAGGAAUUCGUCAAGUACGACUACCUUCGCCGCCGUGAGAAGCGUUUCCCUUGGGGCGAGGGCAACAAGAGCUUGUUCCACAACCCCCAUGUCAACCCUCUGCCCGAUGGCUAUGAGCACUAAAUAGCCACCAAUUCCGUUAAUGGGGAUGCACUUGUUGGGUACUUCGCAUUUCGGAGCGGGGUCGUCCAGUAUGUAAUCGUUAAUGUAAACUGAACUUUAGGCGGAAAUACACACAUAAAUAACCAAAACACAAGAUGAUGUUGGCGCUUCAAUAAAGAACUAAAUCCAC